UGAAAAACACGAAGGCAAAUCCUCGAAGGGGAGCGAAACUCAAUUUUUCUGCAAACGCUCGUAAUUCUUUUCUUGGACCAUAAAUUUUGUCAGAGGAGAGGUGGGGGAAGUGGAUCUUAAAACCCUAGGGUUUCAAUUCUGGGCCUUCCUAAUUUGUAAUCCAAUUUUGUUUCUUAAUGGAAGCCGAAGAAGACGAUUCCACGAAACAUGACGAAACAUCAUCUCUCUAUGUUGAUGAUGCCAACUUUGGUGUUAAGUGUGACGCCCUUCAGGAGCUUCAGAGCAACGAACAGCAUUGUGUGUUCAAGUCCUCCAUUAUCGAAACGGAGUUGCCACCCAAUAGCAGCGUUGAAUCUUUACCACCCAGAGAUGCAAUUCUUGGAGACCAGGGUCUGGCUGCGGAUGCUUAUUCGGAGAUGGAGAAGGAGGGUGUGAUGGAGGAGACGCAGAUGGCAGAGGAGAAGGCUUUCCCUAACAUUCUCGAGGAUUUGGCGGAAGAUUCAGUGAAGUUAGAGAUUGAGCCUGAUAUUGCGGAUACGGGGUUAUUGGGGCAAAGGGUUUUCUCUGAUGUGACAGAGGAUGCAGGGGCGGAGGAGAAGGCUGUUACUGGUUUUUCAGACGGUGAAUUGUUACAUGAAAUGGUUUUGGCUGGUGUGGCUGAAAAUCGGGUUGAGGGCAACGCGUUGAUGGAUAAUUUUCAAGAGAAUACGGUCUUGGAAGGCGCAGCUGCACUUGGCUGCGCAGAGAUAAUCGGCAAGACCCGCUCAACUGAUGUUGUGGCCGUGGAAACGCUUGCAGAAACGACUCUUUUUGUGCAGGAUGCAGGUGUUACAGAUGCCACUAAUUUGGCGGAGAAGACAGAGGUGGCAAUGGAUGCUGAUGGGCCUGAGGACGCAGAUGAUAUGGAGGUUCCAAAGCAAGAAACGUUUGCUACGACGGAGGAUAGGGAAUUAGGUGUUCCACUUUCAGAGAACUCCAAGUUGAAAGUUAGUUUGGUAGAUGGGACUGCGGUGGAGGAGGGACGGACAACUAAUUUAGCUGACAAUACUGGUGAGACGUUGAAGAUGGAGAAUUUCUCGAGAAAUACGGCUGAGAUGGGGCUGACAAAUUUGGCUGGUGAGAUCGAUGAGGCGGUAAAUAUGGAGAAUGCAGAAGACAAGACUGUUGAGUUGGAUGGAAUGUGUAUGGAAGACAAGACAGCCGAGGUGGUGAUGAUGAUGGAGAAUUUGGCAGAUGAGACCCGAGAUAUCAAGGGAGUGGACAUAGCAGACUACGGUAUUGAAGUGUUAAAGAUUGAGAACGUGGAAGAUAGGGAAGCGGGGAUGCAGGAAUUUGGCGUGGCUGAUGAGAGUGCCGAGGUGGGAAAGAUUGAGAGCAUGGUAGAGGAGGCUUCAGAGGCUGAGGGGGGAGUGCAAGUGGCAGACUACACUGCCGAAGUGGAAACUAUGGAAAAUGAGGUAGACAACAAUGAACAGGUGGAGGAAAUAGCAAUGGCAGAAGAGACUGAGGAGGCAGAUGACAUGGUUUACUUGGUGGAUGACGGGAUUGGAUCAGAGGAGACUGACGCAAACAUGACUUACUUGUUGGAGGAAACUGAAGCAGCAGAGGAGGCAGAGGAGGUUGAUGAGCUAAGUAAAGGUGGUAGUGGGUCUAAAAGGAAACGUGGAAAGAAUCCUAAAGCUCCAGCUAGAGCGCCUUCUAGAAAGAAGGUGGAAGAGGACGUUUGCUUUAUUUGUUUUGAUGGGGGUAAUCUUGUGCUCUGUGAUCGCAGGGGUUGUCCCAAGGCAUAUCACCCUUCUUGUAUAAAUCGUGAUGAGGCAUUCUUCCGAGCCAAGGGUCGAUGGAAUUGUGGUUGGCACCUUUGUAGUAACUGUGAGAAGUCUGCCCACUACAUGUGUUACACCUGUACGUUCUCCUUGUGCAAGGGCUGCAUAAAAAAUGCUGUUAUUUUGUGUGUUAGAGGGAACAAAGGCUUCUGUGAGGCAUGCAUGAGAUUUGUCACGUUGAUUGAAAAGAAUGAACAGGGGAAUACGGAAAAGGGCCAAAUUGAUUUUAAUGACAAAAAUAGCUGGGAGUAUCUUUUUAAGGAGUACUGGACAGACUUGAAGGGAAGUCUGUCUCUAACUUUUGAUGAACUUGUUCAUGCAAAGAACCCGUGCAAAGGAUCUGAGACGCUAACUAGCAGACCUGAUUCACCUGGCGAGUUAUGUGAUGGUACUGUUGAUGGAGGAUCAGAUUUGGACGUUUCUGAAAAUGAAGAAUCUAGUAGUUCCAAGAAAAGAAAAGCUAAGAAAAGGUCAAAAACUCAUGCAAAGGAAAUGAGCUCACCUAGUAUGCCCAUUAUACCUGAUUCCCAAGGGCUAUCCACAGAUAACGAUGUUGAGUGGGCAUCUAAAGAGCUCUUGGAGUUUGUUAUGCACAUGAGGAACGGUGAUAAAACUGUUUUAUCUCAGUUUGAUGUGCAGGCUCUCUUGUUAGAAUAUAUUAAAAGAAAUAAGCUUCGUGAUCCUCGGCGGAAAAGUCAAAUCAUAUGUGAUUCAAGACUUGAAAAUUUGUUUGGAAAGCCACGUGUGGGGCAUUUUGAAAUGUUGAAGCUUCUAGAGUCGCACUUCCUCGUCAAAGAGGAUGCCCAGACAAAUGACCUCCAAGGGAGUGUUGCUGAUACUGAAUCAAGUCAAUUGGAGGCUGAUGGGCACACUGAUGCUUUAGGAAAGACUAAGAAAGAGAAGAAACGCAGGACUCGGAAAAAGGGUGAUGAGAGAGGACUCCAGUCUAACCUUGAUGAUUAUGCAGCCAUUGAUAUUCACAACAUUAAUUUAAUUUACUUAAGACGUAAUUUGGUGGAAUAUCUGAUUGAAGACGAGGAGAGUUUUCACGACAAGGUUGUUGGUUCUUUUGUGAGGAUAAGGAUAUCAGGCAGUGCACAAAAACAAGAUUUAUAUCGGCUUGUUCAAGUUAUGGGUACAAGCAAAGCAUCUGAGCCAUAUAAAGUUGGUAAAAAAAUGACAAAUAUCAUGCUAGAGAUCUUGAAUUUGAACAAGACAGAAGUGAUUUCAAUUGAUAUUAUCUCAAAUCAAGAGUUCACGGAGGAGGAGUGCAAGCGUCUUCGACAGAGCAUGAAGUGUGGAAUUCUUAACCGUCUGACUGUGGGCGACCUUCAAGAGAGAGCAAUGUCGCUUCAAGAUGCAAGAGUCAAAGAUUGGAUGGAAACCGAGAUAGUCCGACUUAGUCAUCUCCGUGAUCGAGCAAGUGAAAAAGGGCGCAGGAAGGAGCUUAGAGAAUGUGUUGAGAAACUACAGCUUUUGAAGACACCUGAGGAGCGGCAGCGUAGACUGGAGGAAAUACCAGAAAUACAUACCGACCCUAACAUGGAUCCGAGUCAUGAGUCUGAUGAUGAGGAUGAAACAGAUGAUAAGAGACCAGAAACCUAUGCCUUGCCAAGAAGCACAAGCUUUGGCAGGAGGACGAGGGAUCCGGUUUCUCCUGGGAAAGGAGGUUCAAAUUUGAAUGAUUCCUGGAGCGGGAUGAGAAACUUUUCCAACACGAAUCGGGACUUGAGCAGGUCUGGCAAAGGCUUCUCUGCCCAAGGCGAUGAUGCCAUUGGUUCUGGCGAAAUAAUAAAUGAAAAUUCUUGGAGUCAAGGAAGAGAAAGAGAUGUUAAAAAGAUAAACAAGUGGGACAAGCAACAAGUUUCACCUAGUUCAGAAAUCAUUGUUAGGAAUGCCUUGUCUGGGGCAGCAUCUGAGUCGUCUUCUGCCGCUCAUUCAGUAAAUCCAGCAGCAUCUCCAUCUGUAGGCACUACACAAAAUGCCGCUAUUGUUAAUGAAUCAGAGAAGAUAUGGCGUUAUCAAGAUCCAUCCGGGAAAGUGCAGGGACCAUUUUCGAUGGUGCAACUGCGCAAGUGGAGUAACACUGGUUAUUUUCCUGCUGACUUGAGAGUAUGGAGAACCUCAGACAAGCAAGAUGACUCCCUACUUCUGACUGAUGUCUUAGCAGGAAAGAUCCUAAAGGACACGUCGGAUAACAAUUUUCAAAUGCCUACGCAUCAUGCUUCUUCAUUUGUUGGUGGGAAGCCUCAGGGAGCCACUUCACAGUUAGGUAUGGAUGGUCAGAAUACUGGUACCUCAAAUCCACUUAAUAAUCCAAUUUCUUUUGGCCAUUCUUCUGGAGGAAGAUGGAAAUCUCAAAAUGAAGUUAGUCCUACUGGUAGACCUGCCUCAGCUUCGAUAGAAGCCCCUAGGUACUCGGGAGAGAGGCCUGCCUCGGCCUCGAUAGAAGCCCCUAGGUACUCGGGAGAGAGGCCUGCCUCGGCCUCGAUAGAAGUCCCCAGGUACUCGGGAGAGAGAUGGUCUUCUGACCAUGGUAAUAAAAACUUCACAAGUCUUCCUUCUCCUACUCCCAGCCCAGGAGGAACAAAGGAGCAGCCAUUUCAAGUGGCUGCGUCGUUCUUGGAAGCAAGAACACUUUCACUCUCAGGAGGUAAUGGCGGUUUGCAAGGGGCCGAGAAGGAUUCCUUGCGGUCACAUUCUGGCAUGAAUUCAGCAGAAAAGGGCAUGGGUUUAGGUUCUAUAAAUACAUAUCAAAAUCAUUCUCAGCCAGCAAGGCCAUCAACUAUCCUUGAUGAUGCUUCUGUCAAGGCAGCUGCAGAUAUUAAAAGCAUUAGCGCGAAUCUUCAAAGUUUAGUACAAUCCAUCAGUAAUCGUAAUCCUCACAUCGAAACUCAAGGACACGGUUCUGGUUCCAUUCUGAAGCGGGAAAUGAGUAAUUCGGUCUCUAUGUUAGGAAAUGAACUGCAGUCCUGGGAAAAUGCAAAAUCACUCAAAGUUGAACCAAACAUUUCUUCUAGCAUGCUGCCAGCACAACCUCCUCACAGUCGUUGGGGGGAGAUGUCCCCUGUGCAGAAUGCUGCUGCGACAUCGUUCAGUGCAGGAACUCCGACAGGGAGUUUCUCCACGCCUGGCUUGACCGGUUAUCCAUCCUCCGACCUUUGGCGUUCUACACCUCCUAUGCCCAGUAACCAGCCUCACAUUCAGUCUUCGACUCCGCCCAAUCUUUCUUGGGGAAUGGGAGCUCCGGAAGGUCAGAGUACUGUUCCACGGCCCGGCUUGGAGUCUCAAAACCAAGGCUGGGGGCCAAUGCCAUCAGGAAAUCCAAACAUGGGUUGGGGUGCAACACCACCUCCGAAUGCUGGUGCUGGUAUGAUGUGGAGAGCUGCUGCUCCAAGUUCUGCUCCUGCAGGUACAAACCCAGGUUGGUCUGCACCAGGUCAAGGGCCACCAACCGAAAAUGCCAUUCAAGGAUGGCCAGGACACGGACCGAUGCCACCUCCUGUGAACCCAACUCCGGGAUGGGGCGCCCCCAGCCUCGGACCAAUGCCACCUAUGAAUGUGAAUCCCAAUUGGUCCGCCCCAUCCUCGAACCAGGGCAUGUGGGGUAAUGAACAUGGUAAAAAUGGGGAUAGGUUCUCGAACCAGAAGGACGGUGGCUCUCACGGCGGAGAUCCCGGUAACGGAGGUAAAUCCUGGGGGAUGCAGCAGCCAUUUUAUGGUGGUGGUAGUGGUGGUGGAAGUUCUUCAAGGCUUCCUUAUAAAGGUCAAAGAGUGUGCAAGUACCAUGAAAGUGGACAUUGCAAGAAAGGAGCUUCUUGUGAUUACAUGCACAAUUAGAAGUUAGAUAUUUGACAGCCAUUAGAGAGCAAUUAAUUUUGUAUAGUCUUAUCACCAUUGAGAGUUUUUCUUUGUAUAACCUCCUGUUGUUAAUGUUAUACAUGUGAUACUUUCGCAGUUCUCUAUUAUGGGAGGUCUUGAAAACAAAAUAAUUUUAUCAAAUUAAAUCAAUUCACAAUCA